AUGCCGCUGAACUCUCUCACCACCGUCCUCAUCAACAACAACAUCACAUCAGCUGCAUCUGUUCGGGCAUGGUGUAGACGCUCACACUCCCACCGCGCCACACCAGCUGCUCAGAAGUGGCCUCCCUGGCCAAAACUGGCCGUGAACCACUCCGGCGAUACCUCGGUGACUGAAUUCAUCCUCCUGGACUUCCCAGAGCUGUGCCACCUGCAAGGGCUGCUGUCUGGAUUGUUCCUCGCCGUCUACGCCAUGACUGUCCUGGAGAACCUGGUCGUCGUGGGUGCUGUCGGGGCCAGCCGUCGGCUGCACACACCCAUGUACUUCUUCCUGGCCAACCUGUCGGUGCUGGAGACCUUCUACACCACCGUCACGGUUCCCCGGCUGCUGGCCGGGCUCCUGGCAGGGGUGCGGACCAUAUCCCUCUCAGGCUGCCUCACCCAGCUGUUCCUCUUCCUCUCCCUCGGCUCCUCGGAGUGCUUCCUCCUGGCCACCAUGGCCUGUGACCGGUACCUCGCCAUCUGCCGCCCACUGCACUACCAGGCCAUCAUGGACUCGAGGCUCUGCCUUCUGCUGGCCCUCAGUGCCUGGCUUGGCGGCUUCCUGGCCUCCUUUGUGUCCAUAGCUCUCAUCUCCCGACUGAAGUUCUGUGGCCCCAAUGUCCUCAAUCACUUCUUCUGUGACGUGUCACCCCUGCUGCAGCUCUCCUGCUCAGACACCACUGCCGUCGAGAUGCUGGACUUCGUGGCAGCCCUGGCAGUGCUAGCCACCUCCCUGCUGGUGACAGCUGUCUCCUACACGCGCAUCCUGGCCACGGUGCUGAGGAUUCCGGGAGGGGCCGGCCGCCGGAAGGCCUUCUCCACCUGUGCCUCUCAUCUGGUGGUAGUCCUCAUCUUCUACACCACCACCACCUUCAUGUACGCACGGCCUCACGCCAUCAGCUCCUUUGACCUCAACAAGCUGGUGUCCGUGGUCUACUCCGUUGUGACCCCCCUGCUCAACCCUAUCAUCUAUUGCCUGAGGAACCGCGACAUCCGUGAGGCACUGUCCAAGCUUGUCCGAAGCACUGGAUGCUCCUGA